AUGAGUAGUAGUACGGAAACAAUGAGCAAGCGGUCUUUGAUCGCCACAAUUGCCGAUGAAGAUUCCGUUACUGGUUUAUUAUUAGCAGGGGUUGGACAAGUAUCUAAUGAACCAGGUAAGGAGAGUAACUUCCUUACAGUAAUUCCUGAAAAGACUACGGUUGAACAAAUAGAAACUGCUUUUGAUACUUUUACUUCCGAAAGAGAUGAUAUAGCCAUAUUGUUAAUUAAUCAACAUUUGGCUGAUUUAAUAAGAUAUAAGGUUGAUAAUUAUACCAAUGCUUUCCCUGCCAUUUUAGAAAUUCCAUCUAAAGAUCAUCCUUAUGAUCCAUCCAAGGACUCAAUUUUAAAGAAAGUCAGAAGAUUAUUUGGUGAGUGA